AUGGCGAGUUCGAGUGGGACCAAGGAUGACGUGGGCCCACCGAGAUCACUGUCCCGGAGGAUUACGAGGGCGCCCACUAUGGUGGACGCCACCGAUGACAAUGGGGCCGUGGACAGUGAGAUUGUGCCGUCGUCUUUGGCCUCCAUAGCACCCAUCCUCCGUGUGGCCAACGAGGUCGAGAAGGAGAACCCUCGGGUUGCUUAUCUAUGUCGCUUUCAUGCAUUCGAGAAAGCACACCGGAUGGACCCGACAUCAAGUGGGCGGGGUAUUCGGCAGUUCAAGACAUAUUUACUACACAGACUUGAAAGGGAAGAAGAAGAGACUAAACCCAUUCUUGCAAAAAAUGAUCCUAGGGAGAUCCAGAAAUAUUAUCAGAUGUUCUAUGAGAAAAAUAUCCGAGAAGGGCAAUAUACCAAAAAACCGGAGGAAAUGGCCAAGAUCUAUCAAAUUGCGACUGUGUUGUAUGAUGUUUUAAGGACAGUAGUUCCUCAAUCAAAAAUCGACGAACAGACUCAGAGAUAUGCCAAAGAUGUUGAGGAGAAGAAAGAACAGUAUGAGCAUUAUAAUAUUCUUCCCUUGUAUGCUGUUAGCGUUAAACCAGCCAUCAUGGAACUAACUGAGAUAAAAGUAGCACUUCGAGCUAUCCGUGAUGUCGAUAGUCUUCCCCAUUUUCAAAUUCAUGAAGGAAAGGAGAGAACAGUAAAUGAUAUUCUUGAGUGGCUUGCUUUACGCUUUGGUUUUCAGAAAGGAAAUGUAGCAAACCAGCGGGAGCACUUGAUAUUGCUUCUUGCUAAUAUGGAUGUGAGAUACAGGAACCUACAGAAUUAUGAGCAUUUAAAUAGCAACACAGUUCAGAAAUUGUUGGACAAGAUUUUCAAGAACUAUAGGUCAUGGUGUAAAUACUUGCACAUUCCACCAAAUCUGGAAUGCCCUUUGGGUGAUAGGAGGCAACAGUCACAGCUUCUCUACAUUGGACUCUAUCUCCUUAUUUGGGGUGAAGCUUCAAAUGUCCGAUUUAUGCCAGAGUGCCUAUGCUAUAUUUUUCAUCGUAUGGCACAUGACAUGUAUGGGACUUUGUUUGGCAAUGUUCAACAUGUCAUAGGAGGUACAUAUCAAGCGGCUCCACAGCGCGAGGAGUCAUUUCUCAUGGACGUUGUGACGCCUAUCUACGAGGUUAUGCAAAAGGAAGUUUGGAGAAACAAAAAUGGGAAAGCAAGCCACUCAGCAUGGAGAAAUUAUGAUGAUCUGAAUGAAUACUUUUGGACUAAAAAGUGUUUGAAGUUGGGUUGGCCAUUAGAUAGGAAAGCUGACUUUUUUGUGCAUUCAGAGGUCAUAAAGCCAGCAAACAAGGGAAAUAACCAAGCUGUAGGGAAGAGAAAGCCCAAGACGAAUUUUGUUGAACUGCGUACCUUUUGGCAUCUUUAUACAAGUUUUGACAGAAUGUGGAUUUUUUUCAUAUUGGCUCUUCAGGCUAUGAUUAUCAUUGCAUGGCAUCAGCGUGGAUCCUCCAAUGCUAAUUUUGAUGAUACUCUUGUUCGAAGUGUUAUGAGCAUCUUCAUUACUGCUGCCAUUUUAAACUUUUGGCGAGCUUUCCUGGAUAUAGUCCUGAGUUUUAAUGCCUGGAGGAGCCUGAAAUUUACGCAGAUACUCCGUUAUUUCAUGAAAUUUGUGGUUGCUUCAUUUUGGCUUAUAGUCAUGCCUGUAACUUAUUCCAGAUCCGUUCAGAAUCCAAGUGGGAUAGUAAGAUUCUUCAAUAAUUUGGGAGCAAAUUGGGAGAUCCAGUCAAUGUAUAACUACUCUGUUGCGAUUUAUUUGAUACCCAAUGUAUUGGCUGCCUUGCUAUUUUUCUUUCCUUUUCUUCGAAGAGCUAUGGAACGCUCUACCUGGCGUGUUGUUAACCUCCUAAUGUGGUGGUGUCAGCCAAAGCUGUAUGUUGGACGAGGAAUGCAUGAAGACAUAUUCUCCCUUCUAAAGUACACACUCUUUUGGAUUACCCUAAUAAUCGUCAAGCUUGCAUUCAGCUAUUAUGUUGAGAUAUUACCAUUGAUCGAACCAACAAGGAUUAUCAUGAGUCUCAGAGUCAGUAGUUAUGAUUGGCACGAAUUUUUCCCAAAUGUUACUCACAAUAUUGCGGUAGUAAUUGCAAUAUGGGCCCCAGCUGUUCUGGUCUAUUUCAUGGAUACACAAAUAUGGUAUGCUAUCUUCUCCACUAUUGUUGGUGGAAUCUAUGGAGCAUUCAGCCAUCUUGGGGAGAUAAGAACACUUGGAAUGUUGAGGGCAAGAUUUGAAUCCGUUCCUUCAGCUUUCAGUAGGCGUCUUGUUCCGUACACCAAAGAGGAAACCAGACAAAAUCAACGGGACGACACAGUGGAAAGAAUAAAUAUAGCAAAAUUCUCUCAGAUGUGGAAUGAGUUCAUAUUAUCUAUGAGAAAUGAAGAUUUGAUAAGCAAUAGGGAGAAAAAUUUGCUUCUUGUGCCGUAUUCAUCAAGUGAUGUAUCAGUCGUUCAAUGGCCUCCUUUCUUGCUGGCGAGUAAGAUUCCAAUAGCAUUGGACAUGGCCAAAGAUUUCAAAGAGAAGGAGGAUGCUGACCUCUUCAAGAAAAUUAAGAAUGACGAUUUCAUGUAUUUCGCAAUAAUUGAAUGCUACGAAACGCUGAGGGACGUGCUUCUUGGGCUUCUAUUAGAUGAUGGGGAUAAAAAAAUUAUUUGGGAAAUAUGUCAUGAAGUGGAAAGUAGCAUCCAGCGGAGAAGAUUCUUGAGGGAUUUUGCGAUGAGUGGGCUGCCUCUAUUAAGUGAUAAACUGGAUAAAUUUUUAAACCUUCUGAUGACAGAUUAUGAGGAUGCUCAGUUAUAUCGAUCUCAAAUCAUCAACAAAUUUCAAGAUAUUAUAGAGAUUAUCAUCCAAGAUAUAAUGGUUAAUGGCAUGCAGGUUUUAGAGAAAGCCAAUUCACAUCACGAGGAGAGAAAAGAGCAGAUGUUUGAAAGGGUGAAGAUUGAUCUUUUACAAAGCAGGUCGUGGAUGGAAAAGGUUGUCCGGCUGCAUUUGCUUUUGACUGUGAAAGAAUCAGCAAUCGAUGUUCCUACAAAUAUAGAAGCUCGUCGAAGGACUACUUUCUUUGCGAACUCUUUAUUUAUGACCAUGCCCAAUGCCCCAAAAGUUCGUAAUAUGCUAUCUUUUAGUGUAUUGACACCAUACUACAGAGAACCGGUUCUUUAUUCGACGGAAGAGCUUAACAAGGAAAAUGAAGAUGGCAUUACGACUCUUUUCUAUCUUCAGAAAAUAUAUCCUGAUGAAUGGAACAAUUAUCAAGAGCGGAUCCUAGAUGCCAAACUUGGUAACCAAAAUAAAGACCCAUCAGAAUUAGAUCGUCAAUGGGUAUCUUACAGGGGUCAGACACUUGCUCGUACAGUGAGAGGGAUGAUGUACUACCGUGAGACUUUGGAACUUCAGUGCUUUUUGGAUUUUGCUGACGAUAAUGCUAUUUUUGGUGGAUACCGGGCAAUUGAUAUAAAUCACAGAGAUUACAGAACUCUAAAGGAACGAGCACAAGCUUUAGCAGAUCUGAAAUUCACUUAUGUUGUAUCUUGUCAGGUCUAUGGUGCUCAGAAGAAAUCGAGUGACCCACAAGACCGGAGUUGUUAUGUCAAUAUCUUGAAUCUUAUGCUCACGUAUCCAUCUCUACGUGUUGCUUAUAUAGAUGAGAGGGAGGAAACAAUUAAUGGAAAAACUGAGAAGGUCUAUUAUUCUGUCCUGGUCAAGGGGGGUGAGAAGUUGGAUGAGGAAAUAUACCGUAUCAAGCUUCCAGGUCCUCCAACAGCAAUUGGUGAAGGGAAACCCGAGAAUCAAAAUCAUGCAAUCAUUUUUACUCGUGGAGAAGCCCUGCAAACCAUAGAUAUGAAUCAGGAUAAUUACUUUGAGGAAGCUUUCAAGAUGCGUAAUGUUUUGGAGGAAUUUUUAAGACCUCGUCGUGGACAACGAAAACCUACAAUAUUGGGUCUAAGAGAGCAUAUUUUCACAGGGAGUGUUUCUUCACUCGCUUGGUUCAUGUCCAAUCAAGAAACCAGUUUUGUGACAAUUGGGCAAAGAAUUUUGGCAAACCCCCUGAGGGUAAGAUUCCACUAUGGACAUCCUGAUAUUUUUGACAGAAUCUUUCAUUUGACAAGAGGAGGGAUGAGCAAAGCUUCAAAAACAAUCAAUCUGAGUGAAGACAUCUUUUCUGGUUACAAUUCGACACUAAGAAGAGGCUUUGUAACACAUCACGAGUAUAUCCAAGUAGGCAAGGGACGAGAUGUUGGUAUGAACCAGAUAUCUCUUUUCGAGGCAAAGGUCGCAAACGGCAAUGGAGAACAGACGCUCAGUCGAGAUGUCUUCCGACUCGGACGCCAAUUCGAUUUCUACCGAAUGUUGUCCUUUUACUUCACUACAGUUGGUUUUUACUUCAGCAGCAUGGUUACUGUACUCACCGUGUAUGUCUUCUUAUACGGACGAUUGUACAUGGUCUUGAGUGGUCUGGAAAGGCGUAUUCUAGAAGAACCAUUCAUGGGCCAAAGUAAUGCUUUAGAAGAAGCUCUGGCAACACAGUCUUUCUUCCAGCUGGGCUUGCUACUCGUUCUCCCCAUGGUAAUGGAGAUUGGGCUCGAGAGAGGAUUUCGAAGCGCCAUUGGCGAUUUCAUAGUCAUGCAGCUCCAGCUGGCAUCAGUCUUCUUCACUUUCCAGCUCGGGACAAAAGCGCACUAUUACGGGCGUACCCUUUUGCACGGUGGCUCCAAAUACCGGGCCACGGGGCGCGGUUUUGUCGUUUUCCAUGCAAAAUUUGCUGAGAACUACCGAAUCUACUCACGCAGCCACUUUGUGAAGGGGCUCGAGCUUUUCAUACUGCUGAUAGUUUAUGAGGUGUAUGGGCACUCGGCACGUGGCUCUUCGUCUCUGUACUUCUUCAUUACUUUCUCGAUGUGGUUCCUUGUGGCCUCGUGGCUUUUUGCUCCGUUUGUUUUCAACCCGUCCGGGUUCGAGUGGCAAAAGACGGUGGAGGACUGGUCGAAUUGGAAAAGGUGGAUGGGAAAUCGUGGUGGGAUCGGGAUCUCGCCUGAUAAGAGUUGGGAGUCGUGGUGGAACGAGGAGCAGGAUCACUUGAAGUAUACUAAUAUAAGGGGUCGGGUUCUAGAGAUUAUCCUUGCUUGCCGUUUUUUCAUAUACCAAUAUGGGAUUGUCUAUCGGCUUAGGAUAUCACAUGGCAGCACGGAUAUUCUGGUUUACGGCUUGUCUUGGUUUGUCAUGUUAACAGCACUUCUUGUCUUAAAGAUGGUGUCAAUGGGGAGAAGAAAAUUCGGCACCGAUUUUCAGCUUAUGUUUAGGAUUUUGAAAGCACUUCUGUUCCUUGGGUUCGUGUCUGUCAUGACUGUACUGUUUGUGGUAUUAAACCUUGCCGUCAGCGAUUUAUUUGCUGCUAUCCUGGCUUUCAUGCCCACUGGCUGGGCCCUUAUUCUGAUUGCUCAAGCGUGCAGACCUUGUCUGAAGGGUAUCGGAAUCUGGGAUUCAGUAAGGGAGUUGUCGAGAGCAUAUGAAGCUAUAAUGGGGCUUGUUAUAUUCACACCUGUCGUUUUACUAUCUUGGUUCCCGUUUGUAUCCGAAUUCCAAACACGGCUGCUGUUUAACCAAGCGUUCAGUCGAGGCCUCCAGAUUUCCAUGAUCUUGGCUGGGAAGAAGGAUAAGACAUCUUCAAACUGA